UCUCUCUCUCGCUCUCGCUCUCUCACCCCAUCUUGACCUGGGAGCAGACAUGGAGAGGAGAAGACUUAGAAAACGAAAGCCUCUCAUCUGAUGAUGAGCUCGGAAGGAGAUGAGAUGGUAGAGAAGAUGAGCGAAGAAGAGGAGUCCUGGAAGAAGUCCGACUCUUCAUUCUUAUCCUUUAAACCUUCCACCCGACUCUCCAUCUAUUCUUCACCAUCUCUUGGAACACCCCCUACCUCUUAAAAACCCCAUCUCAUUUUCCAUUUUUCCUUCUCACCUCCAUACUUACCACCUUAUAGCCCAUCAACAAAGAGAAGCAUCAAAAAACAAAACAAAAGCCCAUGACGAAGCACAGCAGCUCAGACUCCUUUGGAAGCCUACAAGAAAAAGAAACUGUGCAAGAGAAAGGGAAGUAUGAAGACAGAUUCCAGUCCAUGAUGGAUGGAGCGGAGGAGGUGGAGUGCGAAGAGGAGGAGCUGUGCUCCAACGGUCAGUCAGCACUGGGAGAGAAGAAGCGCCGGCUCAGCGUGGACCAGGUGAAGACCCUGGAGAAAAACUUCGAGGUGGAGAACAAGCUGGACCCCGACCGGAAGGCCCGGCUGGCCCAAGAUUUAGGCCUCCAGCCCCGCCAGGUGGCCAUCUGGUUCCAGAACCGCCGCGCCCGGUGGAAGACCAAGCAGCUGGAGCGCGACUACGGCGCCCUUCGGACCCGCUACGAGACUCUCAAGAUCGACUGCGACACCCUCCGCCAUGACAAAGAGAAGCUCAUCUCCGAGAUAGAGGCACUUAAAGCCAAGUUAACAAACUCUGCAACUAUAACGAUAUUGGAGAACAAAGAGGCCGAGGAGAGGCCGGCUUUGAUCUAUAGGGACGGGGCUUCGGACAGCGAUUCGAGCGUGGUGUUUAAUGAUGAGAACAGCCCUUAUUCUGGGGUGGUGCUCGACCAAGACUACUUUGCGGGAUUCAAGUCCUACUCCUCCUCCUCUCCGUCUUUGUUUGAGAGCAGAGCUUUAGGCCAGAAGGACUACUUGGCGGAGGGGUUUUUGAGUGGGGAGGAGCUUUGCAGUGCUUUGUUCUCGGAGGAGCAGGAGGCGAGCCUCUCUUGGUACUGCUCCGAGGGGUAGGAGUGAGCAAGUAUUUUGGGGGUUCCUUCUUUUAAAAAUGGCAGUGUAAAUAGUUAGAGCUUCUAUGCAUAAUGUGUACUGUA